GCGUUGGUAAAGAAGAAGUGGCGAUUGAGCACCCCCAAUUUCAUCUUCAUCAUUUCCCAGCGUGCUUGUAUAAGUUUGGUCUGUCUUUCAACUUUUCAAAUCUAUCUGCCUCUGUCUUUAUAAUUACUUUGAAAGCUUUUGUUAUGAAUCAAUAAUCUGCUCUGUUUUGUGUGAAUAUGAUGAAUUCGACUCUCUAUUUGGCUCCAAAAACGCGAUCAAAAUGAUAACCCAGUGAAAGUCUCGUGUGAUAGUUGCUGCUGAAUGAUCAAUUUCAUAGGAACGAAACUGAGUAUAAUCAGACUCUCACUUUACGAUUAUACGAAGAAAAGGCGUAAGUGCUAGAUUUAUAAUGGCUUACAUCCCACCACACAAGCGGCAUUCAAAGGAAACGGAGAGGCCGUUGCCAACUCCGGAGCUACUUGCUCCUCAAUUCAAGAAAAAAUUGAAUUUGCGAUCAUCUAAGUCUAAUGCGGAUUGGGAUGGAAAGGUAAUUUAUGCAAACCAUGCUAGAUCGAGAUGGUGCAUCAUUGGUUUGGAUGAUGAGAACCAGUUUCCAUCUUCUGUUAAUCUUGAGCCCAUUUCCUUGGAAACCACUGAGAGGAGAACUGGAGAAAAGCCUCUAGCUUUAAUCAAUGCUAGUCUAGAUAAGGAAGGCAGUGAGGUGAAAUGGUACUUGCCAAAGAGCCCUUGGCUAUCGCUAGCAGAAAAUGUGCUGGAAGACCUACUUUCUUCUUUUGAAAAUGUGAAGAAUGAUAUGAAGUGCCCAAAGCUUGAAGAAGUAAAGCCGUCGUUGGUUGCUAGAGUGGGAAAAGUACUUUUUCAGAGGAGCCCUUCAGUUAACAUGGAACCUAUCAGAAAUAAUUUGGAUACUGAAAUCUUGAAACAGUGGAAGAGGUUAUUUUACACGAAUCUUCCUGUUUCAUAUAAGGAAAACAUUCUAAAGGAAGUUGUCCCAAACAUUGGAGUUGAUUUUGAAGAGGAGAAAGAUGUAUACCACGUAAAGUUAUCCGAUUCAACAAGACCAGAUUCAAUUCUCUCCUGCAAAUGUAGUGUAAUGAAAGACCACGGAAAGCUACAACUUUACAAGAUUGAACUAAAUCAACUUCGUGACAUGGUCAUAGACAUAUCAUGCCCUAAUAAGAAUCUGGACCUGAGGGUGAUGCUAUGCACGAAGAGACUUGUAACAGCUCUGACUGAUGACGAGAUGCAAAGCAUUAGGGAUCUGAUUAGUUCUGCGGUUCUAGAUCCAGAUGUGAAGGGUGGGUUGAGAUGGCCCCUGGGGAAGGAGUCUUCUGGAGAUAGAUACAAAGUUGUUGGGAUUUGGCAUGUAAUAGCUAAUAUGUAUGCAAAUCCAUCAUUAAGACUGAAGGUAAGACAUGCUGAUCGAUUUGAUUUUAGGACCUCAACUGGGGAAGCUACCUGGGAGGUUAGUCUGAUGUUGAAAAAGGUCUUGUCAAAGUUACAGGUAAGUGCCUGCCUUUUCUCUGGGAUAUUUUCCCCUUGCCACUGUAUAUACUAUAUUCGUAUAGGCAUUGAAGAGACCUCAUUUUUGUCUGACUUAAGUGUGGUACUAGAAUUCAAUAGUUCUGAAUUUUUAAGCUCAACCAGCAUUUUAAAUCAUGCUUGCAAAACUGUCCUCCUCCUCAUCUUCUUUAAAUAAAUAACAUGUAGUGCUAGUACUGUGCUAUUCAUAAGGAUGAUGUCCCAUGGAACAAAUAUCCAUUCAGCAUCAACUGAAUAAAAUUGUAGUUCAGACCUCUUCUGAAAAUUAGAUAGUUUCCCCUUUUAGUUACUAGGGUGAUGCUUAUUUAGCUUUGCCUCAAUUACAUUGAACUUGAUUAUUCGUACAAUCAUCGAAGAUUUAGCUUUGCCU